CACACCCUCCAUCUGCAGACUGCUUAUCAUGUUGAGACACCUCCUCGUCUUUGUUUCUUCCAGCUGGCAGUCUCUCCAAAUAUUGAGCACAAGCUGAACAUAUAUAAAACUAAAAAGGAUAUUCUGGGAGCAGUCAAGAGGAUUUUCACAAAGGUCACAAUCCAAAUGUGCUACUGAAACAGCGUGGAGCGAUGGAAUCCCCAGAGUUUUCCCUGCUGUCGUCCUUGAGGGGAGACUUAAAAUCAGAGGAGUUUAUCCAACCCCACUAUAAGGAGGCAUAUCGCCUGGCAAUUGAUCGCCUGGUGAGCGGCGGCAGAGACAGUUACCUCGAGUUCCUCAAGGGAGAGCGUAUCGGGAGCUUCCUCUCAGAGGAAGAGCUUCGCUUCAUUACUGAAAACGCAGAGCAGCUCCCGCCUCAAAAUCACGCAGAGGAAAUCAAUGGCUCACCAGACAACCAAUCAUCCUCAGGGACGUAUUGGCCUGUCCACUCGGAUGUGGACACGCCAGAUUUGGAUUUGGGAUGGCCGGAGGUCAUGCAUGACAAACUUCAGACAAAUAUAGAUCUGCUCUUCCAUCCACCCAGACAAAAUAACCCCACCAUCAAAGAGGUGAUCCGAAAGCAUAUUCAGGAUGCAAGACAGGUCGUUGGCAUUGCGAUGGAUGUGUUCACUGACGUAGAUAUAUUCAAAGAAGUUGUCGAUGCCUCUAUACGUGGAGUCCCUGUUUACGUGCUUUUGGAUGAUUCCCAUCUGAAAAGUUUCCUCACAAUGGCUGAAAGUCAAGAUGUCAAAAUUCAACAGCUCAGGAACAUGAGGGUGCGCACUGUGAAAGGUCAGGAUUAUCUCUGUCGAUCAGGAGCUAAAUUUCAUGGGGCGAUGGAGCAGAAGUUUCUUUUAGUCGACUGCCACACAGCGAUUUAUGGCUCAUACAGCUUCAUGUGGUCUUUUGAGAAGAUACAUCUGAGCAUGGUGCAGGUCAUCACAGGCCACCUGGUGAGGUCCUACGAUGAGGAGUUUCGAACACUUUACGCCCGGUCAAAUGUGCCUGCUGAACUCUGCCCAGCAGAGGGUUUGUUCCAACGCAAUGGGCCACAUGGACGACAGAUUUUGCCAAAAUCUCAUUCCGCCCCCAAAAUUGAGCGGAGGGACCAGUUGAGGCACACACUGGACACAGUCUAUCGAAAGACCUGUGAGAGGAAACUAGGUGUGAGAGACCUCGAGGAGAGGCUCUUUGAAGAAGAACAACAUGAGCUCAGGCCCUUGAAUGAGAAUGGGAUCAGCGGUCAAAACCACAUACCCCAAUUUCAGUCUGCAGAGACAAUGGACUUCUUAAAACGGCACAGCUAUGCUGGGGAGAUUCAGGAUGGAUUAAUGGCGCAGAACAUCAGGCCCAGAGCAAGCAACUGGAAUAUCUCCAGAGAAACCGGAAACAAUUACCCCAUGGAUAAUUACUUACAAGUGCAACAGAUGCACAGAGGUCAAAACAUGCGGCAGUCGUACAAUGGCAAGGACAAACAGAUUCUGUCCAUGCAGCAGAACAUGCCAACACUUGAAAAUACAUCCAAGUCGUUUAUGCGCACAUUGAGGAUUGAGUCCUACCUCAAACACCCUGACGUCCCAUACGGGGACUCUUGUGAUUAUUUAGACCAGUUUGAACCACAGGACAAAGCAAACUCCUUCAUGCAGGGAAGGAUGAGGUCUUCCCUUGUUUUCAGGUCCACCAUACCAGAGCACAUAGAGCCAAACAGGCACUUUAACAACUCUUCCACCAAUGUCAACGCCUCAGCAACACACAACACUCCUAUGCACUACUCAUCCAUGCAGUGGAAUCCAGUAGCAGUAGCUGAACACAGAAUGAGUAAUGAAGAGUUCAUGUUAAAGAGGAAAAGUCUGCAGAUUUUGGAUGACGAUCGGAAUAAUGCAGGUUACGGCCCUGGUAGAAACGCUUACAACUCCAUAUAUGCCAGCUUAGGCCGAGCUAAAGGUGGACACAUGAUCACCAACCCAGACAUCCUGUCAGACAGCUGGCAAAAAAGGCACAGCGUGGCAGAUCCAAGAUCAAACACUGAGUACGGACAUGAAUCCUCCAGUCACAUGUAUGGAGCAUUUGCAAGGAUGCAAGUGAACAGAGGCACAGCAGGGAUGCAUGCACCUAAUGGAGGAUACGGGUCAAAUCUGAAAGAGGAUCAGAGAUCUGCCUCUCAUUAUGAUGUCAAGAGCAUCACAAGUACAAAGAGCCCUGGUACUCCUGUUUGGCAGGAGCCGCCAUCCAGGACUGUGUCUGCAGCAGCCCUGGAUGUGAAUAACAAGGAUUUGUCAGGUAAAUCCCACAGCUCCCACCAUUUCCUGAAGAAGAGUUCCAAGAAAUUAAAAUCGUUACUCCACAUACCAGAGAAAAAAGAGGAUUCAGCUGAAACGCCGAGUCUGAAGUCAGGCUGCAGCACAGACACCAUAACAGCUGAGGAUGAGGAGAGGAUGUCACGUGGAGGAAGACAACUUUACCAAAGCACAACCAACUCUAUCCGGUCAGAACACCAGGGGACACGGAUGGAGGACAACCAGCUAAAAUCGUCAAGACCGCGAUUUACAACUGAGGAGCACCAGAAUCCAACGCAAGUCUCUCUCACUAAACCUGCUGCAGAGAAAAAAAGCAGCAUUUAUGACAAAAGCGCAAGGCCUUUCCUUGACUCAGCGAGCUGGAGCAAGGAACGAGGCGUAGACACUCGCAUUUACAGCAGAUUUGAGCCUCUCUGCUCAUUUGAAAAGAAACACUCCAUGCUUUCUGCACACAGCUUUGGAAAUGCACACUCUCAGGAAAAAACCAAAGGCCUUCCCAAAGGUGAGACAGCUAUUGAAAACAACAUCACUCGAGCUGCGCGAGGGCACCAUGAAAAUAAGCUGGAGAGAUUCAUUCACAGAAUGGGGAACCUCAUACACAAGAACAAAUAGUCUGGGGGUCAAUACAGGUCACUUAUUAUCAAUGCACAUCUGACUCAUAUAUUCUGAGAGUCGGUCUUUAUUUCUGUUUACUUUGUAAAAUGUUUUACGCAAACACUGUUUACAUUUUGUUCAUUUUGUUAUUGUGUACAGAUGCACUAAAAGGAAAAUAUGUUUUAUAUAAAUACAGACUUUUAUGUAACAAAAUUGUAUGUCGUCUUUAUGUCUGUCUUCCACUGGCGUCAACUUAAAGCAAUAAAUUAAAACAACAAAUGCUGCAGAUGCAUCAAGUAGUAGUUGUCAAAAUGUCAAGAUGGAUAGAAUUUAUUGCUGUAGCGUAGGUGUGUGCACAUACCAAACUGCUGUUGUUACUGCAGAUAUUCAGGGGAUUACUGUGAAGGCGUCUCAGAUGCUAUCAGCAUACAAGCUAACCACAGGUUGAAAAACAUGCCAGCCUCAGACAGAAGCUUUAUGAAUGCUUUGAGGGUUACAAUAAUUUUGUAAAAUGGACACAGCAGGAUAAACUGGUUGCCAAUUACAGGAGCUUUCCUCUGUGAAAGACAUCAUCUAUCCGAUGUUUGUUUUGUUCUAUGGACAGCUAAACACCUUAUGCACUAUAAGUACAAUCAGAAUAUACAAUAGUCAGUGGCUGCUCAGGGAAGAUUCAAGUAUUUCAUCUUUCAUUUUUUACUCAAGGUGAAGGAUUUGUGGGCGCACACAAAGCAACAUAACCUCCAGUGUAAAACAUAUUCACACAAACUGGAAGAAUUCAGAUCCUCCAUUCAUAAAUAUAUAUUCUUUCCAGUUAGGUUAUUAGUAUGACGAGUGGGUAUUUUAAACGCUAAUUUUAAUGCUGCUUGCCAGCCAGUCCCAGAGUGGUUCUCUGCAUUUUGCCUCAACACUGCCCAAUUUGUGGGGAUGUAGUGGAUAUUUUUAAACACAGAACAUCCUCUUUUAUAUACUUUCUCUUGAUGAAAAAUGCGGAUGGUGAAAGUUAUGGAUAAUGAUUCACGUUUGUCUUCCUGUCCGUGGAUGAACUAUGUAAAUGACAUGCCUAUUUUCUGGUAGAGCUCAGCCUUUGUCAGAUUACACUUAAAACAUAUAGAAAUGGGGAUGGGGAUGAAACGCUUGCUUUUAACAUAUUUUUGGACAAAACAAAAGUCUUCAAGACAAUUCAUUAGGAAACAAAUACACACACAACAAAAAGCUGGUAAGCAGAUGCAGCCUAAUUAGUUUAAAUAAAGAGGCAAAACACAUGCCCAGGUGUAGAUGUCAUAAUAAACUGUCAAAAACCCUGCAUUAUCAACAUUUAAUGGCCCGGCUCAAUUUUCAUAGCUGAUUCAAGAUAUAAAAAAAAUUCCUAAAGACUAAAAAGGAAAAAAGUAUUUGAUAUGAGUCAUUCAUUUUUAGAAUCUUGGUUUUUAUUACUGGAAUAAGCUCAGUACACAUGUUUGACACUUGCCAUCUGUAAGACUCUGCUGGUCACAGCAGUCACAAACCCUGUGCUUAAAUGGCUCUGAAAAUUACAGCCAUUAGUGAUUAAAUUGUACUUAUUUCCUUUUAAUUAGUGUCUCUGUACAAGUACGGAUAUGUGGUGUAAGACAGUUGUUCAGCAUCCAUUAAAGCAAAGUAAUGAGCAAAAGACACAAAUAUAGAGUUGUUACAUCAAUACUUUUGUCAUCUAAUUUAUUUUAUUACAUCAUUAAUAUAGAGAAGAGAGUCAUAUGGCUGGGUAAUUAAAUUAAUUUUCUUCAUGUACCACACAGCCCAGCCAACAUUGGAAACUAUACCCUGCGGUACAUCCUCCCUGGCUUGACUCUCCUGUGUCU